AUGUCACGAGACAGAAUUUUUGCCAUAUUCAGGAUGCUGCAUGUGAAAAAUAAUGCGCUGUGGAUACCUCAACAAGAAUCAGGCCAUGACCCUCUGCAUAAAAUAAGACCUGUAUGGGACUUUUUCGCAGAAAGAUGCAGAAAAGUCUUUUAUCCAUCACAAAAUCUGUCUGUGGAUGAAGCUAUAUGUCUUUUUCAAGGAAGAAUUGGAUUCCGUGUUUACAUGAAAGACAAACCAGAUAAAUAUGGGAUAAAACUGUAUGUUUUAAGUGAUGCUCAAAUAUGUUACAUGUGCAGUGUUGAAGUUUAUAAUGGAGGAAAAGGAAAUGUUGACAAUUCUAUCAAAUCCCUGCUACUGCGGCUAUGUUCCUCUAACUUGGGGAAAAAGGACUUGUAUACAUGGACAGAUUUUAUACAAGUCUUGCAGCCCUUGAAAACUAUGGGAAAGAAAGACAUUGGGAGUUGGAACAGUGAUGAAGAACAGUAUAGGUUUGCCUAG